AUGGAAGUGCGUGGGCCUCGCAGAAAUCCCAGCUACCUCUCUGAUCUCUAUCAGAACAUGUUGAGGGCUCAGGAAGCAGUGGCACGAGGGCAGCAGCAGCCCCCAGCACUGCAGACAAGUAGCAGCACGACUUUUCGGAGCAUUACCUCAGCCAAAGAGAGCCCUCAGCCAGAUAAGCUGCAGAGCAGCAGUUUCUCCAGCUGUGAUCCAGCCCUGCGGCCCAUCAUACGGCGCCGGGCGAGGUCUUUGCCCACGUCUCCCGAGCGGAGGAAGAGAGCAGCACUGCAGUGCCAGAGCCGUAUGAACAGGGUGAGGUUUGCUGAUGCUUUGGGUUUGGAGCUCACUGAAGUCAAAGUCUUCCAGUCUGGGGAGGAUCCAUCCAUCCCCUUGCAUGUCCUUUCCAGGCUCUCCAUUAACUCAGACCUCUGGUACAGCAACUCGAACUUGGAGUUUACUAUGCAGUGCUUGGUCCCCGACUUCCAGCAGCCUGCAGACUGUGUGGAUUUCUCUUCCCGACUCCAGGAGCAGCUGGUGUGUCUGGAACGAGUGACCAGCUCAGAUCUGGGGCUCAGUGGCACCAUCCACGUUUGCAAUGUUGCCUUUGAGAAGAGAGUGUCUGUGAGAUACACCUUCAACCAGUGGGAGAGCCUCCAUGAGGUGUGUGCUCGUUGGCACAGGAGUAUCCCAGAGAAAAAUGGGCAGGAGCAGGUUGAUGUUUUCACUUUCUUUCUUCCUGUGCCUCCUUUCCUCCUUCAGCUGUCCUCUCUUGUCCAGUUUGCAGCAAGGUACCAAGUCAAUGGCCAAGAGUACUGGGAUAACAACAGAGGCAAGAACUACACUCUCACCUGCCGGACUCACCCCCUUAAGGUGCCAAGAGAAUGUGAGGAGAGCUGGAUCCACUUCAUCUGA